AUGGCGGAGACAAGAACGACAUAUCAAGGUCCAUUUGAGCUUCUGCCUUCUCGAGCCGGGUUGCUGCAGCUUUUUUUCUGGCCAUUGAAGUCUCCUUAUUUAUUUCUAUUGGAGAUUUCACUGAAAAUGCCUGAUAUAUUACUACUCUAUAGAAUAGCGAUGAACUUUAACAAAUCGUUUUCUUCUUCAAUCCCCUCUUUCCAUAAAGACAUUUCAUUUUCAAGAUAAACGUACAUAUUGAGAAUUAGUUCCAAGUUUUAGAGUGAGAUGAUAAUUUCUCUACUCAUGCACGCCGCUUAUUUUGAAGUGUCUGCACAAGAAUUUUCAACAGCCAAAUUUUAAGGAUAAAUGAUAAAAAAUUAAUCGUAUUUUAUUAGCAUUACGGUAAAUGUAUCACAUGAAACAGAGAUCACUGUCGAAUUGAAUGUCGAUUUCUUUUUACUUGAAUGAUACAAAAACAUUAAAAUUGAACGCCGACCCUUAAUACUUCAAUAAUACCAUUUAGACAUCAUGGUCUUAACAAUCGAGGAGAAGAACUCGCAGAGAUAUAAAGUGACUUAUUUUCAGAUAAGGCUGCUCGUCAAUCAUUACGAAUUUUUCGGUUUUUUUUUUUUUUUAACAGGGAAGAGCUCGUGGCCAGAACUCGUCGGACAAGAGGGGAGGACCGCCGCAGCGAUAAUCGAGAAGGAGAACCCUCUCGUUGACCCCAUCGUAGUGAAGGUGAGGACAGGCGUACGUGAGGACUUACGAAAUGACAGGGUGUGGGUGUGGGUUGACGAUAGCGGCAUCGUUGCAGAAACACCAAAGAUCGGCUAG